AUGGGACAAGCCCGCCGCCCGCCCUCCCGCCCUCCCGCCCGCCGGCCCACAGCCCCUGGCCCUUCCGGCCCAGCCACGGCGAAACAGUACGAUGUGCUGUUCCGGCUGCUGCUGAUCGGGGACUCCGGGGUAGGCAAGACCUGCCUGCCGCGCGGCUUCACCGACGAGUUCCACUCCUCGCACAUCUCCACCAUCGGUGUUGACUUUAAGAUGAAGACCAUAGAGGUAGAUGGCAUCAAAGUGCGGAUACACAUUUGGGACACAGCGGGGCAGGAGAGAUAGCAGACCAUCACAAAGCAGUACUAUCGACGGGCCCAGGGAAUAUUUUUAGUCUGCGACAUUAGCAGUGAGCGCUCUUACCAGCACAUCAUGAAGUGGGUCAGUGAUGUGGAUGAGAAUGCACCAGAAGGUGUCCAGAAGAUCCUUAUAGGGAAUAAGGCUGAUGAAGAGCAGAAACGGCAGGUGGGAAGAGAGCAAGGGCAGCAGCUGGCUGAACAGUAUGGCGUGGACUUCUAUGAAGCAAGUGCCUGCACCAGCCUCAACAUUAAAGAGUCCUUCAUGCGCCUGACGGAGCUGGUGCUGCAGGCCCACAGGAAGGAGCUGGAAGGUCUGCGGACACGCGCCAACGAUGAGUUGGCUUUGGCGGAGCUGGAGGAGGAUGAGGGCAAACCCGAGGGCCUGGAGAACUCUUCGAAAACCUGUGACCCUGUGGAAUCUCGGCCGCUGCUCCUCCCCCUGCCUGGGUCCGACAAGCAGCCUCGCCCCCCUCCCCCGGCCCUCCCCCCCGGGAUGGCCCCCUCCAGCCUGUUUCCCCAGCCACAGGCCUGCCUCGAGCCCCUGAUGUGCUACGAGCACCGCCUCACUACCCCGAGGUCCCAGACGAUGGCCCAGUCUGGAGUCAAGGCCACUCAAGCCCAGAAAAGGGCACGCUGCUGUGCCCUGGUUCGGGAGUGGCCAGUCCUCACUGCCCAAAGCAAACAACUGACAUAUGGCAAAGACGAGGCGGCAGCCCAGCUCCACCAGCAGUAG